GUGGGUGUUGAGGGUGCACCUGCUGCUGGUAUUGUUUGCCAACCAAAGGUCGUCUGUCUUUGUGUGUCUUGUUGCUUGCUGAUUGCUUGCUUUUUGCGUGAAUGGGGGUGCAACAGAAACGCACUCGCGUUUGCACGCAUUGUUUGUUCACUGGUGUGCAUUGUCUGCCAAAGCUCACGCACGACACUGCCCUCGCUUGGACAGACUGCACAGCCAGAAGAAACGGAAAGAUGGGGGUGGUCACGACAGCAGUGGCGCAGCUUGCCGACAUGCUGCCACAGUCAGAAACCGUGCAGCGUGAGUGGGAGGCCGUUGUUGGAGAGGCUGGCGUCGUUGUGGACACCGUGAUGGGCAGUCGGCUCCUCUUCUGGACUGUCGUCCUCACCGCCGUCUACCUCGUGUACCGCCUUCUCUUCGUGCCUGCCCGCUACCGUCGUCGAAUGCACGACGUCGGAUACCUGAUGGAGCCGGACCAGAGCCGCGUCGAGCGCGCCAAUGAGGUGCGCCGGCGCCGGUUGACAGGCGACCUUCCACCCGUGUAUCCCAAUGGCUGGUUCCAGCUCUGCUUUUCGCGCGACCUCAAGCCAGGCAGCGCCAAGCAGGUGCAUAUUCUUGGAAAGGAGUUUGCUGUGUUCCGCACGGAGUCUGGCAAGGUCGGCUGUCUGGACGCCUACUGCACCCAUCUCGGCGCCAACCUUGCCGCAGGCGGCAUGGUUGUUGGCGAGACGCUGCACUGCCCGUUCCACGGCUGGAAGUUCAACUGCGAGGGCAAGUGCACAGACAUCCCCUACAGCAAGUCCAAGAUCCCCGAGCAGGCGCACACCACCUCCUACCACGUCCACGAGGUCAACGGCCACGUCCUCCUCUGGUUUGAUGCAGAGGACCGGGAUCCCACGUGGUACCCGCCCGAGCUGAAGAAGAUCAACAACGGCUGGUGGUGGAGCGGGUUCACCCGCCACUACCUCAACUGCCACAUCCAGGAGGUGCCUGAGAACGGCGCGGACGUGGCGCAUCUCCACUACCUGCAUGGACCCGGUCUCCUCUCGGGCACAGACCUCAGAGAUACACACAGCUCGCGGUUUGAGUUUGUGAAACACAACUGGUACGCGUCGUGGGCGCCUGUGGAGGAGCCUGGCAAGAAGCAUCUCUCCGUCCUCAACCUUGUCCAUCGUCUUUCCAUCUUCGGACAUGAACUCCCCGUCAUGGACAUCAAGCUCACGGCGACACAGGUUGGCCCUGGGCUUGUGUAUCUCGAGUGGUCCUCCUUCUUCGGCACCGGCGUGUUUGUCCAGACCCUCACCCCCGUCGAGCCCCUCUACCAGGAGCUGACGCACACCAUCUACUCGUCGUUCACGGUGCCGCAAAUUGUGUCCAAGUUCUAUCUGAUUGGCGAGGCGAAGCAAGUUGAGCGCGACGUCAUGGUGUGGAACAACAAGAUGUACCGCAAGAACCCCGUGCUGGUCAAGGAGGACAAGCUCAUUGCCCAGCACCGGCGCUGGUACAGCCAGUUCUACUCGGAAAACAGCCCCACCCUCUCCUUCAAGAAGGAUGACGACCUGUCGUGGUGAAUGGUGGACACCAGUGAAGCAACGUGACCAGAGGGAGAGGGGAGGGGGGGAGAGGGGGGGAGGGGAGGUGAAGGCGGUGGCCUGUCUGCCAUUUCUCCCGUUGUUCUGCUUCAGAUCUGUGAAUUGUUGUCGUGUUUUCCUUGCCGGUUGGCUGGGCACUUCAACGUUGCAACAGUAUCCUCCAUGUGGCUUGGUCGAUUUGAUUUCGCAUCUGCUUGUUCUUGUGUUACAGCCUGUUCUGUCCUGAAUUACUUUUGGCAGGGAGUCUUUGAGUCGUUAACUCUCGCGCUGCUAUUGCUGCAGUUACAGUUGCUUUUCAAUGUCUUUUGUGUUCUUGCAGUUCCACCUUUUGUGUGUGUGAUUGUGUGUCUGUGUGUUUCUGUGACUGACCUCAUUCUCCACACAUGAUACAGACCACUGUAGCUUUCGUUGAUGACUACACUGCAUGAUAAUGGCCA